UCCACAACAGUUGUGACCCAGUUGCAAUCAUGCUUACCGCAAAGCACGCCCAGGCCACUGCCCGCAGCGUCCGCGCCAAGGAGCCUGUCAUGGCAGCCGCUCUGCGUGCAAGCGUGCGCCCCUUCACCGCGUCCCGCGGCCGGGCGGCCCUCAGCGUGGUGGCUCAGGCCGGCGAGGGAGCCGCGGCCGAGCGCCCCGUGUGCCUGGUGACGGGCGCCUCCCGCGGCAUUGGAAAGGCCAUUGCGCUGGCACUGGGGGAAAAGGGCGCGCGGGUCGCCAUCAACUACGCCUCCUCCGCCGGUGCCGCUGAGGAGGUGGCUGCCGCGGUGGUUGCUGCGGGCGGCGAGGCGGUGGUGGUGGGCGCCAACGUGGGCAAGCGGGAGGACAUCGAGCGGAUGUUCAAGGAGGUGACGGACAAGUGGGGGCGCGUGGAUGUGCUGGUCAACAACGCAGGCAUCACCCGCGACACCCUCAUGAUGCGCAUGAAGCCGGAGCAGUGGGAGGACGUCAUCAACACCAACCUCAGCGGCGUCUUCUACUGCACGCAGGCCGCCACCAAGCUCAUGUCCAAGCAGAAGAAGGGCCGCAUCGUCAACAUCACCUCCGUGGUGGGCCUGGUGGGCAACGCGGGGCAGGCCAACUACUCCGCAGCCAAGGCGGGUGUCAUCGGCCUUACCAAGACCACUGCUCGCGAGUUCGCGGGGCGCUCCAUCACCGCUAACGCCGUGGCGCCCGGCUUCAUCGCGUCCGACAUGACGGCUGCCAUCGACAAGAAGUACGAGGAGAGCAUCCUGAAGGGCAUUCCGCUGGGCCGCUACGGUCAGCCGGAGGAGGUUGCGGGACUGGUUCGCUUCUUGGCUCUGGACCCCGCGGCCGCCUACAUCACCGGCCAGGUGUACAACGUGGACGGCGGCAUGGUCAUGUGAGCGACGCCGGCAGGAGAAGGGGGGGAGCAGUUGCAGCGGCGAGAGAGGGGAUGAUCAGCUCCGGCAGCACACAGCGUUCUGGAACCUAGACGGGAAAGCAUGCGGUUGGGGUGAUACGGUUUGAUGCGGGGGGUGCGUUGUGAAGAUUAAGGGGGCUUGUGGCAUGUGGCAUGUCCCGAGGCGGCGGAGAUGGAUGUGGAGGUAAGCGGGAAUAAUGCAGUGGGUUACAACGUUACAUGGCCCGACGACGUGCAUGGACGCGACACUGCUUGGGGUGCGCGGGGCGGCUCCUCAGUCCUCACCAGCGGGCCGGGCGGGUGUCGUGAAGCAUGCUGCGGACGAAAGGGCAGGAGGAGGGGUGCAAGGACUCCUGAACCGGUUGGACUCCUGAGCACAGGAGGGCGACCCUGAACGGCGUUGUAGGGGAGGCUCUGAGCCGUUUGAGAAGAAACACCAAGUUGUUGCAGACAUGGCAGCGGCCACACACUGCUAACCGGUAUGCGUGCAUGUAAGGAAGCGCACCGGAAGGCACCGGUCGCGCUCUGGGCCCGCAGUUGCACAUUCGGAUGCAGGGCGGCGGGCAGCGCAUGGGGUUAAGUACCGGACGCAGCACGGCUUCAGGGGAGGGAAGGUACCGGUAUUGGUUGGUGGUUGCAUGCAUGGCAGUGGGCCCACAGCGUGGUUGGCACCCAGCGAUAGAUGCGCACCUACCGAUGCUUGCCCGCUUGACCCCACACGGCUGGGCGCCUCGCGGCGGCCCUCCUGUCCCAGUCAGCUGCGCCGGCCGGUCGCGUGCGGGUGCGUGGGAGGUGCUGGGGCGGAUGUGCCGCCGAGUGGUAUCGCAGCUCGUACAGGAUCUCCU